GCAGAUCUGAAUGAGUCUGAGGUCAGUGCCAACGGCACCUUGACCAAUGCAUUUGCCCAGCCAGCCUGGCAGGUGGGUCUCUGGGCAAUCGCUUACUCAGUGAUCAUCUUGACCGCUGUCUCUGGCAAUGUGAUCGUGGUUUGGAUUAUCCUUGCUCAUCAGAGGAUGCGGACUGUCACCAAUUACUUUCUGCUGAGCCUUGCGGUGGGGGACGCCUCCAUGGCUGCGUUCAACACCGCCUUCAAUUUCAUCUACGCCGUGCACAAUGAUUGGUACUUCGGCCCGCACUAUUGCCGCUUCCAAAACCUGCUGCCCAUCACUGCCGUGUUCGCCAGCAUAUACUCAAUGACGGCCAUUGCCCUGGACAGGUACAUUGCCAUCAUCCACCCUUUGAAGCCCAGGCUGUCGUCCAGCUCAACUAAGCUAGUGAUUGGGGUUAUUUGGUUCCUGGCCCUGGCUCUAGCAUUCCCACAGUGUUUCUAUGCCCGCAUUGUGCAAUCAGAAAGCCGCGUGAUCUGUAAGGUGGACUGGCCUGGGGAUGUCGGAGGACAACAUCAAUUGACAUAUCAACUUGUGGUGAUUAUACUGACGUACCUCUUACCAUUGAUUGUGAUGGGAGUCGCCUAUACAAAGGUGGGAAAAACACUGUGGGCCAGCGAAAUACCCGGAGACUCAACAGAAAGAUAUAGUGAGCAUUUGAAUGCAAAACGAAAGGUUGUGAAAAUGAUGAUUGUGGUUGUUCUGACCUUUGCCUUUUGCUGGCUGCCCUAUCAUUUGUAUUUCAUUCUGGCCAGUUUCAAGAAGGACAUCUAUUAUGAAACCUACAUACAGCAGGUGUAUCUGGGCAUUUUCUGGCUAGCCAUGAGCUCAACCAUGUACAACCCCAUCAUUUACUGCUGCCUUAACAACCGAUUCCGCAUUGGAUUUAAGCGAGCUUUCCGCUGGUGCCCCUUUGUACACGUCAGUCCCUACGAUCAACAGGAGUUAACGACAGUGGUGAGCUUCCGAAUGACAUGCAGCAGCACAUACACUGGAAACAGGAUGGAAACAAUGAUAACUAGCCACAUCGAUUCCAAUCAUGAUGAAACUGAGGAGGCAAAAGCAAAAUUCAUCACUUCUCAGACCAUUCUUUGAAAUGCAUUUGGUCGUGUAUAGGAUCUCUUCAGAGCUGAGGACUAAUAUUGAAACUGGCAGCUCCCACAUAGAGGGGUUACAUUGUCUGGGCUCAAGAAGAUGAAACAAUGAGCCAUUCUCCAAUGCUGACUCUCAAUUCUUUGACUGAGAUGCCUGACUUGAUGUUCCUGAACCUACCGUACCCACUGCUGUUCUUCAGUUCUGAUUCCUGAUUUUCUAAUCUAGCUGCUGAUUCCCUGAAACUGGAUCCUGAUUCCUGGACCAUGUUUCCCCAGAUCCCUGCAUCUCUGACCCAGUAAUCUAAGCUCUCCAGAGAACUGAGCACACUAGACCUGCUCAGGCUCAAAACAACCACUUCAUCAGGCUGACUGAAUACCUUAGCAAGUUACAGGCCUUUCAUGUCACCUUCAUUCCAAUGUCUACAUUUUGGGCCUUCCACCCUAUCAUCAUGAACGUGCAGGAAGAAUGUAAGUUGUGUAAAUACAAGAUAAAGAAAAAAAAGACUUGCAUUUACAUUGCGCCUUUCACAACCUAAGGUUUCUCUUUUCAGUAAAUGAGUCAUUUUUGAGGUGCAGGUAUUGUCAUUGUAAAUAGGGUUGUAAUAGUAAUAAGCCUGUGCAUGAAACAAUUUCAACUAUCUGUGUAUAGAGAAUGUGAUUUACAAUUGAAUGAAGAGGCUAUUUUAUCAGAAAAAUAACCUUGUUAAAAUUAAGGUUAAUCAUCUUUAAAUUUUAUAUUCAAUGAUUACAUUUGUCUUUUGCUGUUAUUUCACUUUAACUUUGAACUGAGGAGAUUUCAGGACGCAGGAAUCAAUUAGUGACACUACUGAUAAUCCUGUUUGUGACCCACCCUUCCACUAAUCAGGGUUUAAACAGAGAGAGAGGACAGAACCUCUGAGAAAGCAUAUCAUUCUCACUGCAAUAAGAUGACCCAGAGUGAACUGAAUGCAUGAUUAAAACUUUAUACGUUAGAGUGUCUUCCUUUGAGCAGAAAGGUUUUAAGGGGAGAUGGAAUCAAAGUGUCUAACAGUAUGAAGAGUUUUACUGGAUUAGAUAGAGAAAAAGCAGGAAGACUGGUAACCAGAGGGCACAAAUUUCUAAUAAUUGACAGAAAUCCAUUUGGAAAUAAUACAAGUUUAUUUUACAUAGUGCAAUAUUAUGAUCUAAAAGGCAGAGGAAGAGUGGGGAAAGCACAUUCAAUCAUAAAUUAAAGUAGGGAAUUGAAUAAAGCCUUGAAAAGGGACAUUUUUCAAAGACAUAGGAAAGAGCAGGGGAAGUGGAGUAAUCAAAUAGAUCUUUUAAAAAGCCAGAAUAGCUGUGAUAAACUGAAUAGCCACCUCCUGUUUGUAUCUUUCUUUGGCAAUGACAGCACAAAGCAAAGAAAUCCUUCAAAACAGGACCAUCCAUCCAAAUCUGAAAAAAAUCACAGCCUUUCUCUUUCUCCCUCUGUCUCUCACUCUCUCUCUCUCUGGAAAAGAGGGAGUAUAUUUAGGAGACCCAAGGUGCAGCAUAGAAUAGGGGACAGUAGGACAAAGCAACUAAGCUAAUGCUGAGGAUCAUUCAGAACAGAGUGAUUGGAUCCAGGAACAAGUGAGCUCUCACAAGGCUGCUAGUAUCUUCAAGAGCCCAAGGAAUAUGAACAACAUUAAACAGAACGCUGUUUCCAAAUCCUACCUGCACCUGAGCUGAAUGGUGUUAACACAAUUUUAUUUACACUCACAUUCGCCAAUGUUUAAGAACAGUUCAGACUAGAAUGGUAGUUGCACAGAGUAAGAGUAUCAGCAGUGGUUUCACUCUGCACCUUUAUUAACUGAGUUCCUGUUCAGAUUGGUUAUUAUACCCAACUGUUUUGGCCACUGGCCUCACUAGAUUCAACACUGGGAUACAAUCAGGAUACAUCAGGGAAACAGGUACUUUGGCCCAUUCAGUCCAUGUCAGUAAUUACUCACCUUACUCCGAUUUGUUAUCUCAUUUCUGUCACUCACCAAACUAAUUUAAUCUAAGUACUCUUGGCUAAUCUAAUCUUGAGCUAUGAUAUUGUUUCUGUCUCAAACACAAGCCCAGAAUUAAAUAACAGAGAGUUGCCUUGUCUCAGACUCUCAGUUACUGGUUAUAGCCUGAUCCCACUUCACCUGUCCAUCUUUUCCUUGUUCUGAAACAGAGGUGCACGUCAAAUGUAAAUUGCUGCUAGCUUAAGGAUGAUUUUUGUAGACAGGAUCCAGAAGUUGUGGAGUUGUGUAGUUAUGUUUUCCUGGCUAUCCUAGAAUUGCGACCGCUACAUCCCACCACAAAACCGAGAAUUGCUGCUAUCCACAAACCAGCCACUGGCUGUGGCACUAUGAUACCCCAUUCAGACAAGGCUGGACCUGGCAACAUCCUUGUGGUUCAUUCCUGAAAGAAGAAGCAUGGAACAGUCACACCAGCAGCACAGUAGAGUUUUUAAGAGGCUAGACAACCUUAUUGCAAGUAAUUUCAUAUUUUUGGAUCUUUUUCCAAUGUCUGGAAAUACUCUGAUGUUCUGUUAGACUUGUCAUUGUAUUCUCACUUCAUCACAAGGAGUGAAGAAAGAGGCAGGGGUCCUGCCCUUGGACAGAGAGGUGAGCGAGGGCAGUGGGCAAUGGAAAGGGAAGGUGGGUAGGCAUGGAUGGACAUGUUUCUGAGAUGGGUUAAAAGGAGAGUAAGUACAAUUUAAUAUGGACAAAUGUGAGAUAACAAAGUAGAAUUUUCAGGAAACUAAAAUUGUUGGGAAAUCACAGCAGGUUUGGCAGCGUUUGUGGAGAGAAAGCAGAGAUAAUGUUUCGAGUCCAGUGAUCCUUCUUCAGAACUGACUGAAAGCUUGGCAAAGAUUGGUAUAUAAGCUGAAGUUGGGGUUGGCAAGUGGGGAGAAGAAUAAACAAUAGAUGGAAAUGGAGCCCAGAGACACAGAUCAACAGUCGGACAGAAAAAGGAAUGGGUAAAAGUCAACCUAGAAGUAUCAAGAGCAGCUAAUGGGGAUCAUGAGUAGCUGCCAAUGGUUGUGGUGUAAGCUCAUGUUUGUGGGGGUUGGGGUAAGGACAUGGGAGAAGAUGCUCAGGCCCUAAAAUCAUUGAAUUCGAUCUCGAGUCCUGAUGACCGCAUGAUCCCCAUGCAGAAAAUGAGAAGCUCUUCUUCCAGCUUGCACUGAGCUUCACUGGAGCAUUGCAGCAAGCCUGAGACAGAGAUUUUGGCUAGGGAACACAGUGGCAGGCAACUGAUGAUUUGGUGAUAGUUUUGUGGACAGAAUGUAGAUGUUCUGCAAAGCGGUCACCCAGUGUGCAUUUUGUCUCCCCAGUGUAGAGGAGACCACAUGGUGAGUAGUGAAUACAGUGAAGUGCAGGCUUCCUCUUGAAGGUGUGUCCGGGGCCUUGGGAGGUGAGAAGGGAGAAAGUAAAUGGGCAGGUGUUACACCUUGUGUUCUUUCUCAAAGAUCCAUCCCAUUGCUGGCAAUGUUUUUCUACAACCUCUACCAUCAGGGAGAAGGUACAGAAGCCUGAACACACGCAUCAGCCGGUUUUGUUACAGUUUCUACUCAACUGUUAUGAGAAUACUGAAUGGACUCUCAAACUCUUAACAUUCGCCUGUACCUGUGCUUUUGU